UUCUUCUGUUGGAAAAGACGAGCUGCGGAGUUGGGACUUUAGAAGAAAGAUUUGAUUCCCCGUCAAUCGUCUCCUCUUUAUCUCAGCCGCUCCUCUUUUCCGACAUGGCUCUCUCCUCCGACCGCCAGUCUCUCAUCCCCAGCUUCCUUUACUCCACCUCUUUCACUUCCAAAACCCUAGCACUCGAUAAAAUGACCGGAAAUUCCGACAUCAACGUCACACCAUCGCCAUCGGCAUCCAGAAAGAGCUUCGUUAUUCCGGCACCAAGCGAGCCAGGGAAGAUUGAGAUGUUCUCACCUCAGUACUACGCUGCGUGUUCCGUUGGUGGAAUUUUGAGUUGCGGUCUUACUCAUAUGACUGUCACCCCUCUUGAUCUCGUCAAAUGUAAUAUGCAGAUUGAUCCAGCAAAGUACAAGAGCAUCUCUUCAGGGUUUGGAGUUUUACUCAAGGAGCAGGGAGUGAAAGGUUUCUUCAGAGGAUGGGUACCUACUCUGCUUGGUUACAGUGCUCAGGGUGCCUGCAAGUUUGGAUUCUAUGAAUUCUUCAAGAAGUACUAUUCAGACCUUGCUGGACCAGAAAAUGCAUCUAAAUACAAAACUGUAAUCUAUCUUGCUGGUUCUGCAUCUGCGGAGGUGAUUGCAGACAUUGCUCUUUGCCCCUUUGAAGCAGUGAAGGUUCGAGUUCAGACUCAGCCUGGUUUUGCUAGAGGAUUGUCUGAUGGACUUCCCAAGUUUGUCAGAUCUGAAGGGGCUCUUGGGUUGUACAAGGGCCUAGUUCCUCUUUGGGGUCGUCAGAUUCCAUACACAAUGAUGAAAUUUGCAUCAUUUGAGACUAUUGUGGAGCUCAUUUACAAGCAUGCGAUCCCGACACCUAAAAAUGACUGCAGCAAGCCCCUGCAGCUUGGUGUUAGUUUCGCUGGUGGAUAUAUAGCUGGUGUCUUGUGUGCUAUUGUAUCACAUCCGGCUGAUAACCUUGUCUCUUUCCUUAACAAUGCCAAAGGCGCUACUGUUGGUGAUGCUGUAAAGAAGAUUGGACUAUUGGGUCUAUUUACCCGAGGACUGCCUCUUCGUAUUGUUAUGAUUGGAACUCUGACGGGAGCCCAGUGGGGUCUCUAUGAUGCUUUCAAAGUUUCUAUUGGGCUGCCAACAACUGGUGGUGUUGCUCCUGUUGCCAUUGAACCCGCAAAGGAGUAGAGUUAACUGCAAAACCUGUUGGAGUAAACAAAUUGAGAUAGGCCCUUCUCCCAAAGGGCAAUAAACAUAGAAUAGCUGAUGUUUGGCUAACAUCAUAGCAGACAGUGUUUAAAAACUGUCAUUGUUUUUUCAUAUUAUUGGUUAAUUUGAAUUUUGGAGAGAUCAAUUCUCUGACAUACUACAACCAUUGCGGCAUUUUUUUUGUUAGAGCAGUUACUGCAGUGUUCCGAAUUUAGGAUUGUGAAGCCCCUCCAGACUAUGAAAAUAAUGGGCAGAUGUUGAAACACAUUAAGUUUAUUAUUAUUUCUGAAGAUUGAGGUUUGCGUAUUUCCUUCAACGUGCUCA